AUGCGAACAGGAAAGGAAAAUGAAAUCGUAUUUUCCCAGAAAACCACAAAAAUGUUUGCACUUUAUUUCGUGGUGUCGCUGGUUCUUGUUACCUCCACCCGGGCACAGACGGGUCCGAACUUUUGUACCUAUAGUGAGGGAGUGUUUGAAUGUAACUACGCCAGCAUGGUGUCAACAUCAGACAGACCUAUAGACUAUUAUGGAUUUAGCGAGGAUCCGCAACAAAUCGAGGUCACAGUCAAUGGUUUCCUGCCUUACUUUGGUGAUAGUAAAGUGUUCACCAAUUUUGAGUCAAUCGACACCAGCACAUUUGAUAGCAAUUCCCCGUCAACUCUCACAAUAGACUGUGGUUGGGCCGGAAGUAUGUUUAUGACUGCGGGAGCAUUCAGCAACAUGAGUCACGUACAGUAUCUUAAGAUCAGAAACUGUGAGACGUACUACAUACCAUCGCAGAUGUUCCAAGAACUAGUGAACCUGGAUUAUUUCAGUUUCGAAGGCGGUUCCAUAGAUGACAUAGAUCCAAAUGGUAUGUUCGGCCUUAGCGUUGAGAAGCUGACAUUCAGCACGCACUCUUUCCCGCGAAAUAUAGGCAGAUUCGACUUGAAGUACACACCGUUCUCAACCAAAGCAGUCCCACCUGGGCUUCUCUUCAACUGGAAAAACUUAUCAACCGUGGCUAUCGUGGGCGCUGAUUUGGACACUGUUUCUGCAGAUGUGUUUACCUUCAACACGAAGCUAACUCACAUUGAUCUAAGCGAUAACACUAUGACUUCCAUACCAAGUGGACUUUUUGACAAUCUAAAUUCACUGUCUGAGGUUGCUAUGUACAACAUUGAGUGGACCUGUAGCUGUGAUAACACAUGGUUUGUGGAAUACACAACAACAAACAAUAUAUCUAUGUUCGGAGACUAUAUGUGUAGUAACAUUGCAGGGACAAGUGUGUGGAAGUAUUACAAUGACAACUGUUUGACUGACAAUCUCUGUGAGGGCACAAUAGGAAUAGUAAUGCUCAAGAAGUGCCUCACCUUGUUUGCAAUGCUCGCUUUUGGUUGUGCAUUCGUGGCAUUGGUUGUAGCAAUUGUCUGCCUGGGCCUGAUUAUAUGCGUUAGGAAGCAAGCUACUGAGUCGAAAGCCAGAAAAGUGAAAGCUCGCGGAAGAUGGAAUAAAGUGAAGGACAUCCCAAAUAUGAAGCUUAAACUCAAGAAAUAA